AAACCCCGCCGGUGAAAUUCCGGCCAUCAACAGGCACUCUGAUUCAUCGUAUUUCAGAAGCUCAUUUCCUCCAGCUACCUCACCAAUGUGAAGGCUCAUCUCGUAGUAGUUUGGUUUGACAAAGAAAAAGAAGCAGAGUGAAUGGGCAAUCUUUAAUUUCUCUGAGAAGUCGAAAGGCCUGUUCGACAUUUACCGUCUUGGGUUCUUGAUCGGCAUCUUGAGAUGAGUCGAACCAGAAGACCUUGAGAGUGGCGGGAGGCACUUCAAGAAAAAAAAAAAACCCUAGAAAUUGAGUUAGAUUCGAUGGGGGAUGAUUUCAAUCCAUUUCGAUUCCUGAAACAGGAAAUGAAGAAGGGUUCUAGAAAUUGCAGUUGGGUUCGUCGGGGUUGUAUUCUUCAUCUGAAUCUUCUUCUCUGGGGUCGAUUGAGAUGGAUAAGGCACUUCUUCCGUUAUUUGCUUCGAAAAGAAUAUGAAGAAAGGUUCUGAUAUUCAGUCUUCUAGAGCAAGAUUCCAAACAGUUGAAGAAAUUGCAACCCCCGGAGAGGAUACGCAGAGCAGCAACGAUGUUGCCACCAUCCUUGACUGUGAGUGAUAAUCCUGCCGGCGAGAAUUGCAGGGUGGCCAUGUCGAUUCCACAUCCUACCAGUCCCGCAACGGCGUUCUCGACAGGGUGCCUUUGCGUAUCUCAAGGUCCAACAACAUAACUGUUUGGCAGGUUUUACUCUCUUCUUAAAGGUAAUAUAAUUAUGCCCGUAAUGCCAAUUUUUAGGUAAGGUCUUUAUUUCAUUAUCAUGUUCAUUAUGUUCAUUAUAUAUUGUUCAUUAUCCGAGCUAGAAUUCCUAUCAAAGACAGUUUAGCUAAAAGAGGAGUUUACUUGAUGGUGCUUUUGUUGCCUGUGGGCCUUGUGAAUUAGCUUUAGACGAAUCAAGCUAUUUAUUCCUUUAUUGUACAGUUGCUUAUAGACUUUGAAUGAGAUGUUAUGCAUGGUGGGGUUUACUUUCUGUGCUACCGAACUCAUGUUUGGAUUUAUUUAAACGACAUGCCUGGUUCGGCUAUGACAAGUCAGUGAGGAAGGAAUGGUAUGUAAUCUGGGUUGGUAUUAUAUGGAGAUUAUGUUUGACAUACUUUCUGCAUGAUGAGAUGACCAGGUCAAGAAGGAAUAAGCAGGAACAGGAGGAGCUUUGCUGAAUAUUUAGUACCUUGAGCUCUUAUUGCCUUGAUGGGAUCAUUUAUUUAGUGUGAGCAAGUUAUGUUCUUAUGAUAAAAAAAGGGUGUUAUA